UCCCUGUUUCAGGUGAAGGACAGUUCUGUUCUGCGCUGUCGCUUCUUUGGCACCCGUGUCGGCUUCUCCCCCCUCCCCUAAAGAGCGGAGGCACAUUGUCUGUGGCGCAGCGCGACAGUGCGGUGUCCGGUUACAACCCGUGCGCCGCGGAGCCACCGGGACACAGCGCUGCUCUGGGGAAUCAGAAAUAGCACCGAGGAGUCCGGAGGGAGCAGAGGGAUCUGUGCAGAGGAGAGAAGGAGUUUAACAGAUUUCUGGAAAGACACGGAGGAUAUAUCAUCUUCAUCUUUUCUUUCCCAGCUCUCAGCGGGACAACACGCGCAGCUUCGUUCCCUAUAGAUGACCGGGAGUUGGGCAUCUAACUUGGUGUGUCUCUCCCAUGCUCUUGGCCCCUGAGGCCUGAGGAGAAGUGAGCCAAGCCCAGCCCCCCAUGGGACGCCCUGUUACCCAGCAUGCACUGCUCCUGCUGCAGUGCAUGUUGGUCCUGCGGCCCGGAGGCGUGGCCAGUAGGAGAGGACCGGUGCUGCUGCCCGAAUCCCCCUGUCACAAGACGGAGCACCCCCUCGUCCCACACUCGGAGAUGGAGCCGUGGAUGUGCCGGUUCAAGGCCGAGGGCACGGUGGAUUACUCCCAGCUGACCUUUGACCCCGGCCAGAACGAGCUGAUCGUCGGCGCCAGAAACCACCUCUUCAGGCUCAAUCUGGAGGACCUGUCACUGAUCCAGGAGGCUGAGUGGCAUUGCGAUGAGUUCACCAAGGGAGCCUGCUUCAGCCGGGGAAAGUCUGAGGAGGAGUGCCAGAACUACAUCAGGGUGCUGCUGGUGAACGGGAACCGGCUGUUCACCUGCGGGACCAACGCCUUCACCCCCAUCUGCACCAACAGAACGCUGACAAAUUUGACGGAGAUCCACGAUCAGAUCAGCGGGAUGGCUCGGUGUCCGUACAACCCGCUGCACAACUCCACCGCGCUCAUCACCUCCAGCGGGGAACUCUACGCCGCCACCGCCAUGGACUUCUCCGGGCGAGACCCUGCCAUCUACCGCAGCCUGGGGGGUCUUCCUCCUCUACGCACCGCCCAGUACAACUCCAAGUGGCUCAAUGAACCCAACUUCGUGUCCUCCUACGAUAUCGGCAACUUCACAUACUUCUUCUUCCGUGAGAACGCGGUGGAGCACGACUGCGGCCGGACGGUGUUUUCCCGCGCUGGAAGAGUUUGUAAGAACGAUAUUGGCGGACGCUUCCUGCUGGAGGACACGUGGACGACCUUCAUGAAGGCUCGACUGAACUGCUCUCGACCCGGAGAAAUCCCCUUCAACUACAACGAGCUGCAGGGAACCUUUUACCUGCCGGAGCUCGAGCUGCUGUACGGCAUCUUCACCACCAACGUAAACAGCAUUGCUGCGUCUGCGGUGUGUGCCUUCAAUCUCAGCGCCAUAUCGCAGGUUUUCAACGGGCCCUUCAAGUACCAGGAGAACUCCCGCUCAGCGUGGCUGCCGUUACCCCAAACCCCAACCCCGAACUUUCAGUGCGGCACCAUCGACUCCGGCUCCUACGUGAACCUGACGGAGAGGAACCUGCCGGACGCUCAGAAGUUCCUCCUGAUGCACGAGGUGGUCCAACUGGUUCCCGUGCCCUACUUCAUGGAGGACAACGUGCGCUUCACUCAUGUGGCGGUAGACGUGGUGCAGGGCAAGGACACGCUGCUCCACAUCAUAUACCUGGCUACAGAUUACGGCACUAUCAGGAAAGUGCUCUCUCCUCUCAAUCAGUCCACGGGGAGCUGCCUAUUGGAGGAGAUCGAGCUGUUCCCUCCCAGGAAGAGACAGCCGAUCCGCAGCCUGCUGAUCCUGCACAGCCGCAGCGAGCUGUACGUGGGAGUGAGAGACCAGGUCAUCAAGAUCCCUCUCAAGAGAUGCAGCUACCACAAGAGCAGAGAAGCGUGCAUCGGGGCCAGGGACCCGUACUGUGGCUGGGACCUUUUAUUGAAGAAGUGCACCACGCUGGAGGAGAGUGUCCGGAUGAGCCAAUGGGAGCAGAGCAUCUCAAAAUGUCCUGUCCGUAAUGUGACGGUUGAUGGAGGCUUUGGCGUCUGGUCAGGAUGGUCCAUGUGUAGCCAUAACGAUGGAGGAAGCGCAGGGUCCUGUUUGUGUCGAACCAGAGGCUGUAAUAACCCGGCCCCUCAGUGCGGGGGUCAGCACUGCUAUGGCAUCAGCGUGGAGGUCGCCAACUGCUCCAGAAACGGGGCGUGGACCCCCUGGACUUCCUGGUCUCCGUGCAGCACCACCUGUGGGAUCGGUUUCCAGGUCCGCCAGCGAUCCUGCAGCAACCCCACCCCCCGCCACGGAGGACGAGUGUGUGUGGGCCAGAACCGCGAGGAGAGGUACUGUAACGAACACCUGCCCUGCCCCACCCAUGUCUACUGGUCGGCCUGGUCUGCGUGGGACCGCUGCACCCAGCCCUGCGGCGGAGGCAUCCAAUCACGUCGCAGGAUCUGUGAGAACGGAGACGAGUGUCCCGGGUGUGGUCAGGAGUACCAGUCGUGCAACACGCUGCCGUGUCCCGACCUGAAGAAGACGACGCCCUGGACUCCCUGGACGCCCGUCAACAUCUCGGAUAACGGCGGCCAUUACGAGCAGCGUUUCCGUUACACCUGCAAAGCUCGCAUCCCCGACCCCAGCCUGAUGGAGGUGGGCCGGCAGAGGAUCGAGAUGAGAUACUGCUCCAGUGACGGAUCCACCGGAUGCUCCACGGACGGAGAGGUUCUUCGUCUCGGGAGGAUCUCGGGCCACACGCUGAACGGGGGCUGGGCGUCCUGGAGCUCGUGGUCUCAGUGCAGCAGAGACUGCAGCCGGGGGAUCCGCAGCCGGAAGAGGACCUGCUCAAACCCAGAGCCCAAACAUGGAGGUCAGACCUGCCUGGGGGCGCUGCAGGAGUACCAGGAGUGCAACAUCAGCCCCUGCCCAGUGGACGGCAGUUGGUCGUGCUGGUCUUCGUGGUCAAAGUGCUCAGUGACGUGUGGGGGGGGGCACCACAUGAGGACUCGAACCUGCAGCAACCCCCCCCCUGAGUACGGAGGGGACAUCUGCCUGGGCCUGCACACUGAGGAGGCUCUGUGCCACACACAGUCCUGUCCAGAGAGCUGGUCCAAGUGGUCCGAGUGGUCCCCCUGUGAGUCCAACGGGGCGCAGACGAGGGUCCGUCACUGCGACGUCCUGUUCCCCACCGGAAACCAGUGCUCAGGGAACAACAGUGAGACCCGGCCCUGCCCCCCCGACUCUAACUUUAUACCAGAAAUCUCGAUUGCACGCUCCAGUCAGGAGGAGAGGCGCUGUGGAGACUUCAACCUCUUCCACAUGAUCGCUGUGGGGCUGAGCAGCUCCGUACUGGGAUGUCUGGUCACUUUACUGGUUUACUCUUACUGUCAGCGCUACACCCAGCAGGCGCACGACGCCACCGUCAUCCACCCCAUCUCAGCGGCUCCGCUCAACACCAGCAUCACCAACCACAUCAACAAACUGGACAAAUACGACUCUGUGGAAGCCAUCAAGGCCUUCAACAAAAACAAUCUGAUUCUGGAGGAAAGAAAUAAGUACUUUAACCCUCAGCUUGCCGGGAAGACCUAUACCAACGCAUACUUCACCGACCUUAACACCUACGAUGAUUAUUAAGCCGGAUUCGGCCCUUCAGACUCUCCCCUUGUCAUCCAUUUUAGUUUUUUGUGCUUUGUAUUGAGAUUUGUGACACCAUGUGCGGGACAUUCCCACUCUCAGACUCUACGGCAGCUGUAUAAUGAAAACAGACACACAGUGUUGCCACAGAGGGAAAUCCCACUUCCUCUCAGGUGCCUUGGGGUACACUCGGAAAACGACAUUUUUUUGGGACAAAUCUUGCCUUGACUCUCGCUGAGAAACUGGAAGAAUACGAGCAAAGAGACUUCGGGGAAUGGGAUCCCCUUUUAACUUUCCUGUGACGCCUCUCAAACAGACCUGUAUUUGUAACGAUGGGAAAUAACCACAAACUGCUUUUGCAUGACCUCAUCUGACGUGUUUUUUCUGUUUUGCAUGGUUGAUUGCAUUCCUCGGUUAAAAGACUUGCAAGCAGUUUAUUUUUAGCUGGUUUUGGAAGUCAUAACAACAAAGACUGUGGAGAUGUCUGACGGCUUUUACGAUGUCCUGCUGCAGCAACCCAAAAGUCCUAAAAUCAGGAUGUAGAUAUUUGAAGUCUGUGGUUGAGUUUGUCCAUUUUUCUUUCUGUUUCAGGCUCUCGCGGCUCGCAGUAUUUGAUCACUCAGUUUAUUUUGCCUUCUCUCUUUUUUUAAAGCUUUUUAAGGUGCAUAUGUUUUGUACAGGAUGUUAAGUUUGAAGCCUAUGUCUGUAGUUUGUUUAAUACAUUUACUCAAUGUCUCAAGUAAAGAAUAAAACAUGUCCUUUUAAAAAGAAAAAGCUUAUGUGCAUUCUGACAAAAGAAAUCAGGAGUUAUCAUAUCAGCCGGCAUCAAGCUCACCGUACUUUUUUAUAUUUUUUUGUAAAAUGUUUUUGAAUUUUGAUAGUGUUCGCUAUUCCUUUGGCUUCUGAGUUAAAAAUGUAAUUUGUGAGAGCAGGAUGUUCAUAGCAUUUACUGUACAGACGGAGCGUAGCAAAUACUACUCUCCCAACCUAGAGUGCUACCCAUUUACUGUAAGAUGAAACUCAUUCAUCAAGUUUCUGUUUAACCAAAUAUGAGGUUAUUCAAUGGUUCAGUUGCAACUAACUCUUUUUACAUGUUUGCUUGUGUUACUGUGCAUAAAUUAAAGACUGCUUCGUACA